AUUAAAGAGGAACAUGAGUACCCAGAGCCCCUCCACAUUAAAGAGCAACAGGAAUACCCAGAGCCCCCCCAUAUCAAAGAGCAACAGGACGACCCAGAGCCCCCCCACAUCAAAGAGCAACAGGACGACCCAGAGCCCCCCCACAUCAAAGAGCAACAGGACGACCCAGAGCCCCCCCACAUUAAAGAGGAGCAGCUUCAAGGGCUGGAGGAGGAAGAUCAGUCCUUAGAGCUUGAUCACAGACAAACUGAACACAUGGAGACAGAAGGUGGUGGAGAGGACUGUGGAGGACCAGAACCUGACAGGAACUCGGGUCCAGAUUGGCCUACAGAACCAGAUACUGAUGAGGAGACUGAAGACUCAUCUGAACCUGAGACUGAUGAUAGGAAUGAGACCAGAGAACCUCAGUCAGGUUUAAACUCUCAUACGAAUGAUAAAGGUCCCAUCAGUGUUUCAAGAGGUAGAACAGGUGAGAAACCUUUGAGCUGUUCUAAAUGUAAGACAACAUUUGGUUGCAGUAAACAGCUGAAGAUACACAUGAAGACCCACGCAUCAGAGAAACCGUUCAGCUGCUCAGAGUGUGGUAAGUGUUUCACUGCAAUUGGAAGCCUGAACACUCACAUGAGAUGUCACACAGGGGAGAAACCAUACAGCUGCUCAGAGUGUGGUAAAUAUUUCGCUCAAAGGGGACAUCUGAAGAUACACAUGAGACGUCACACAGGGGAGAAACCUUUCAGCUGCUCAGAGUGUGGCAAAUCUUUCGCUGUAAGUGGAAGUCUGAAGAUACACAUGAGUUGUCACACAAGGGAGAAACCGUUCAGCUGCUCAGAGUGUGGUAAGUGUUUCACUGUAAGUGGAAGUCUGAAAAGACACAUGAGUUGUCACACUAGGGAGAAACCUUUCAGCUGCUCAGAGUGUGGCAAAUCUUUCGCUGUAAGUGGAAGUCUGAAGAUACACAUGAGUUGUCACACAAGGGAGAAAUCUUUCAGCUGCUUGCAUUGUGGUAAAGGUUUCUCUACAAGAUGCAUUCUGAAGAUACACAUGAGAUGUCACACAGGGGAGAAACCUUUCAGCUGCUCAGAGUGUGGCAAAUGUUUCACUCAAAGGGGAGAUCUGAAGAAACACAUGAGAUAUCACACAAGGGAGAAACCUUUCAGCUGCUCACUUUGUGAUAAACGUUUUACUCUAAGUGGAGGUCUGAAGAUACACAUGAGAUGUCACACAGGGGAGAAACCUUUCAGCUGCUCAGAGUGUGACAAAUGUUUCACUCAAAGGGGAAAUCUGAAGAACCACAUGAGAUGUCACACAAGGAGAAACCUUUCAGCUGUUUGCUUUGUGAUAAAUGUUUUACUGUAAGUGGAGGUCUGAAAAGACACAUGAGAUGUCACACAGGGGAGAAACCUUUCAGCUGCUCAGAGGUACAUGUUUCAGUAGAAGUGGAUAUCUGAAGAAGCACAUGAAAACUCACACAGAUGAGAAUCCAUUUUAGCCCCAUUACCGAAUCAACCUAUAGCAGAACUAUGUAGACAGAUAUUUGCAGUUACUUUUACAACAGCUGUCACAGACUUCCUCCCAGGGAUUCAGUCUUCUUGAGAUGACACUCUUGUUCCUGGUGUAAAACUCAUCCAUGAGGCUUCCAGCUGAUGGCUUGUGGAUCCCCCCACACCCGCCUUGUGCCUUUUGUACUCUGAGCCCAGUCCCUCUCCAGGAGUUUGGUUCCUGAAGUAGUAACAGCACUGGCUCUGGUUUCUCCCUCCAAGAGAGGUGAAAGAACUUGUCCAUAGACUGUGAAGCCAGGGUACAACACACAAGGUAUCCAACUGAGCUGCAUACCCCUUUGAGUGGUGCGCCCAUAGAGCAGCUGAUCCAAAUAGAUACGUUUCCCCCUAGAUAAAUGGACUGUCUCAGCGACAAGAACCUCACCAGCAAGCUUCAUUCCCAGUUGAGGCUCCAGUAAGGGGCUUCGCUGUCCCUUUUUCAGGGAUGGUGUUACGUUCCCCAGUUUCUGUGUCUGCUUGUUGUCUCCCCUUUCCUACAGGUGAUUCCAGGAGCCAGAUUGGAGACCUGGCCCCACCCACUCGUCAGUGCCAGAACCAAUUACUCCCAGCCUCGGAGGGAGAUAAGAAGUCACACUCUCUGGUGGCUCUCGCUCUCUCUCUGGUGUCCUGUGUGGGGGUAGUAAACGCAUACGUGACUCUGAUGGUGUUCUGUUACUUUGUUCUGUAUUGUAUUGUAGUGAGAGCGUGUUGUCAGUUCUGUGUUUUACCUGUUCUUUUUGUUCCCAGGGAAAAGGGGAAGCACCUUGGGAGUGCGUAGGCAAGCUGCCCAUGGGCCUACACCACCCGUAGUGAUUUCUCCUGUCUAGAGACACUAGGCAAGACCUGGGCGGACCACCCCUCUGUAUUUUGGUUAGUGAGCCUUGUUAGUGCUCAAAGUUAGGUUAGUUUGGGGGGGGUCAGGUAGGCAAGAGAUACUGUUUUGCUUUGUUCUUUGUUUUGCUUCCGUCCAGCCCCUUUUCCCAAGCAACCCGUAUAUAUAUGUUUAUUUGUUUUAAUAAACAUUUCCUUUUUUUACGGGUAAAAUGUGUUUGGUCAUCAGUGCACACACACACACUGCACCUUUUUCACACAGGCUGCAUUGAGGUCACGAGCGGCGGGUCGUUGCGUUGCCUCCCCCUAGAAGCAACGUAACAGAUGGUCAGUGAGUUCUUGCUCUGCCAACACAACUCCAAAGGUCACAAGGUCAAACACACAAACCGUAUGCUAAGUUUAGCUGGUUGUUCAUUGGAAGGUUGUAUUUAAAGCACGUAUAUUAUAUUUAUAGCAUAUUUCUCACCUGCUGAGCAGCAACUUAUAAUAAAAUGUAUGAGGAAGUGAAUCAUAUCAUACGCAAAAAAGGGAAUACGCAGCUGUAACUAAACAAAGAGAAAAGGCAGACAAUCGCAUUUUGCAGGCUGGUAGUCGCCUUAACAGAGGACGUUGCAUGUGUACGGACUGUGGAAAUCCUCUUUGGUGUAACACAUUCUUCUGUGGCCAGUGAAGGUAAUGAAGAUGUGCGCCAAGGACUUCAGGGCCAAGCACACUCUGGACGGUACGGCAAAUAGUGCAUUUAUUCACAGUUUGUCAUCUCCCUCGGCAUAUAAAACAUGCCGCUUUCAGAAAAGCGCAGUGCCACACAGACCAUCUGUGGGAUGGUGAGAGCAGGCUUCAGACCCAGCAGUCUGCACAAAUAACGGAUUCCAUCUCCAGAAAAUCUAUACUUCUCAUGCAGGUACUCGUGGGGAACAGCUAAAGGGUCUGAUCUGAACACCAUCUGACGUCUGAAAGCACGUCUUAAUAUCAGCGCUAAGUACAAAGAAACAUAUCACAGUAAUGUCUUUGUAUCAAGGAAUGUAACCAGAAUGACAUUAAACUUUGAUUUUACAUUUGA